AUGGCAGGUCGGGCCGCGCUGCGCCGCCUCCGCUCACCGCGGCUCCAACUCGCCUCCACAUUCUCCUACCACAGCGCCGCCGCCACCGACGCGUUCAUCCAUGUCCAGGACCCGAACCGCCGCAUCGCGGAGCUGGCCGCCGCGGGGCGCGUCCCCGACGCCCGCAGGCUGUUCGACCGGACGCCGGACCGGGACGUGGUGUCCUGGACGGCGAUGGUCGCGGCGUACGCGCGCCAGGGCCAGCUCCGCGAGGCCAGCGCGCUGUUCCACCGCCCCGACGCGCGCCAGAACGUGGUCACCUGGACGGCGCUCCUCUCCGGCUACGCGCGGGCGCGCCGCGUCGACGAGGCCAGGGCGCUGUUCGACCGGAUGCCCGAGAGGAACGUCGUGUCGUGGAACACGAUGCUGGAGGCCUACGCCUCCGCCGGCCGCACGGGGGCCGCGCGCGCGCUGUUCGACAGCAUGCCCGUGAGGGACGCCGGCUCCUGGAACAUCCUUCUGGCCGCGCUGGUGCGGUCUGGGACCAUGGACGAGGCACGGAAGCUGUUUGAGAGAAUGCCCGAGAGGAAUGUGAUGUCGUGGACGACGAUGGUCGCCGGCCUUGCACGGAGCGGAAGCGUGGAUGAGGCUCGAGCGCUGUUUGAUGGCAUGCCGGAGAGGAAUGUCGUUUCCUGGAAUGCCAUGAUCUCCGGAUACGCCCGGAACCUCAGGAUUGACGAAGCUCUUGAUUUAUUCAUGAAUAUGCCCGAGAGGGACGUGGCUUCUUGGAACAUUAUGAUCACCGGUUUUAUCCAGAACAAAGAUUUGAAGAAGGCACAAGAACUCUUUGACGAGAUGCCUAAACGGAAUGUAGUCAGCUGGACUACUAUGAUGAAUGGUUGCUUGCAAGGUAAUGAGAGUGAAAUGGCACUGCAGGUAUUUAACGGUAUGCUCGUUGAUGGGAUCAGACCAAAUCAGGUGACGUUUUUGGGUGCGGUUGAUGCGUGCAGCAAUCUUGCCGGACUCAGUGAAGGGCAGCAGGUGCAUCAGAUGAUAUGCAAAACACCAUUUCAGUUUGAUAAUUUUAUCGAGUCCAGCCUCAUGAAUUUAUAUGCCAAAUGUGGCGAAAUUAGGUUGGCAAGGAAGGUGUUUGAUCUCUCAGGGGAGAAGGACGUAAUAUCUUGGAAUGGCAUUAUUGCAGCAUAUGCACAUCAUGGGGCUGGUGUAGAAGCUAUAGCUUUGUAUGAAAAGAUGCAAGAAAAUGGGUAUAAGCCUAAUGAUGUCACAUACGUGGGACUGCUCUCAGCAUGUAGCCACUCUGGUUUGGUCGACGAAGGGCUUAGGAUAUUUGAAUACAUGGCAAAGGAUACGUCCAUUGCAGUGCGGGAUGAGCACUACACUUGCUUGAUUGAUCUCUGUAGCCGAGCCGGACGACUUGAUGAUGCCAAAAGAUUAAUCAACGGUCUUAAACUUAAGCCUACAUCAAGUACUGUAUGGAGUGCCCUUCUAGGUGGGUGUAACGCACAUGGAAAUGAAAGUAUCGGUGAUUUGGCAGCAAGAAAUCUCUUAGAAGCAGAACCUGAUAAUGCUGGAACUUACACCCUCUUGUCUAACAUUUAUGCUUCUGCUGGUAAGUGGAAAGAAGCAGCAAAGAUUCGAUCUAAGAUGAAUGAUAGAGGACUAAAGAAGCAGCCAGGAUGUAGUUGGGUUGAGCUGGCAAAUAAGGUACAUGUAUUUGUAGCACGUGACAAGUCCCACAGCGAGUCUGAGUUGAUUUAUAGUCUGCUGCAAGAUAUUCAUCACAUGAUGAGGAUGGCUGGCAGUGAUCCCAGGGACCAGAUGCUGCUUAUAGAUGAGGAUCUUGUGGAUCUUCAAGUAUAAUUUGAAAUAUACGAAAGUAAAGUUCCAGGAUUUCGUCAGAGGGAAGCAUUUUGCACCAUUAUAUUUGACAAUUGGCCUACAUUAUAGAGUUUUGACCUAUGGUGUUAGCUUAGAUAUGAGUACCCCAGGCUAAGUUGGCCCCCAUCUUCGGAGCAUUAUAACUAGCAAACACCUGGUCUCUUGCCUGUUCAGAGUUCUAUGGAAUAUCAAAUAUCUUCUUGAAGCUGGGUGAUAGUCAAGGACCUUGGAGAAGUCUUGACCUUUAUCUCUGGUGCUUGAAUCUUAUUUCUUCGGUUCAGUGGCCGCGGCUUUGCCAUGUUAGAGGGUGCUAUUCCAGGUUGCAGGCAAGAAUUUUGGGAUCACACCCCCAAAAGGCAGUCCUUCUGAACUCUGCAACGUAGGAGUAUGUACAAAAAAAAUUCCUUGUGGACUGGAGCAGUGGCUCAGAAGGUGCCCCUUGUGUUGGGAAUGGGAGGAAUCAGGAACGGACAGCGUAGACUGUCUAUGACACCCGGACAGUGCUGCAAGACUUGCUCGGUGCGCAGUUGAGGCGAUGCAUCGUGCAUUGUAAACUGUAAUACGCUGUCUUUUCUUCUAGCAAGUCCACUGUAAUAGCUGUCAGAUGAAAUAAUCUGAAAAAACUGGUGUGGCCAAAAACAGUUAUGCAGACUUGGUUGCACCAGAUAUGCACACUAAUUUUGGCACCUAUGUGCAGAUUCUUGGGAUGGGUUUUUUUCUUUUGAAAGAAAAUUGCCGGGACAAGCUGUAAGCAUCUUCUG